AGUAACAUCUCGGUUUGCUCGAGAGAUGGUACGAGAUUUGAAAUAGGAAAACAGAAAGAGUGUUUUCCAGGAAAAAUAGCUUUUUCUGCACGAUCAUCAGGUUUCCAUGCAGUAACUAAUAAUGAUAAAGGUAGUAUGGAAUGUUAUAAAAAAGAUAUUUGGCAUCAUUUGUAUGAUAUUUUCUCCACUCAAAAGACUAUGGUGCAGAAGAAAACGCCGGAACUCUGACCCCAUUCUUCCAAUGACAAACCAUUACCCGUCUGUGGAGAAUUUGUCCUCGCAUUACACAAUGAAUGGAACAGGACAGGUUCAAGAGGAGUUGUCUCCCUGGGACAGCUGGGAUGAACAGAAACAAGCAGAGAAGAUCCGCUCUGUGGAGGAAUAUCGUCAACGGCAACAUCAGCUACAACAACAACAAUCUCAGGAACAAGAACAUGAAAUGGACUACUUCCAAGACAUGGCACCAAGAGUCAAAAAACAGAAAAAGGUUUUGAUAAAGAAGAAGGAAGACUAUAGCUCUACAGGUUCAAUAUCAAAUAAACUAGCAGCCACUGGAGAUAUUCCGCUGUUGCAGACAUCUGAGCUAGGCAGUUGGGAGGAUACAGGGAAUGCAUGGGAAGCUGAGGCUGAUGAGGAUCUGUCCUGGCAGGCAGAAAAUGUUAUAAAAGAAACACGUAAAGCAGAAAGACAGCAGAGGCAUUUACAACAACAGCUGAAAAAACAGGAACGUGAGCAACAUAAACAUGUAAAAUCUCAGAACCCAUUAACAGCAGUGAGAUUAUCUUGAUGAUGGUGAUUGCGGCGAAAAAAUAUAGUGCUUUGGAAUAUAAUGCUUUCAAUAGGAAUAUGGUAUAUUUGAGGUCGAAGUAUAGAGCAUUGGGCUGGGAAAGUGAGGGAUCGGUGUGGGAAUAAAGUGCAUAAAGUUGAGAAUCAGGUCAACAAAUUUAUGCAUUGUUUUGGACUGGAUAUGUUUGUAUAUUUGAAUGAAAAUUUAGUGUGUACCAAGGGUGUACAAAAUGUGCACCAUAAAUGUAUACAAUGACAGAAAUGGUGCAGAAUGGCAUAGAACUUGGAUUUAUAAGAUGGGAUCAUAUUAUAGUAUGGGAAUUUUGUUUCAGGAAUAAUUUCUUAUUCUUUUUCUUUGUGUAAAUCAUGUACAGUAGAUUUAAACAGGAUUUGUCAGCUUGUGAAGUUGGUUGUACCAGUUUCAAAUGCUUGUUAAAUUUAUCAUGUAGAUAGGUGGGAAGUUAUUAUUUUUGUUUAUACAGUAUAAACUAUUAAAAUUUUAAUGUAUGGCAGCAUCAAGGGUAUGAAAACUUGUAAUUAGUUGAUCUUUUAUACAUAAAACUUGCAAUAAGGCCAAACAAAAAAAUACCCGAGUUAAGUGUUACAUGGUCACAUUUAAACUUGUAUUUCAUAGAGAAAAUGUCAUAAGAAGUGAAUAUGGCUUUAACUCAACCUUCUAAAGAAUAGAUUUAAACACAUGUUCCUAAAAUAUCCUUAAAGUUUGCUUCUUACAGCAGAAACUUACAAAAUAAAAAAAAUAGGGUUAGGGAUUUACAGUUAUUUACUUGAUGGUCAGUUGUUAGUCCUAAAUAUAGGUACAUGUAUUUUUUUUUGUCUGGCCUAAGCAGUCUACAUGUAUUUAAUUUGGGUUAUAAUGCUGAUCAGAUUAUCAUUAUAUAGAAAAAUCCUAUGAAUAUGACUCAGUAAAUUAUGUCUCCCACCACACAGUGGUGUGGGAGACAUAUUGAUUUACUCCAGUCUGUGUGUGUGUCUGUCACAAAGCUUGUCUGCACUCUUAAGUCGAACAUUUCUCAUCCGAUUUUCACCAAACUUAAACAAAAUGUGUUUGACCAUAAGACCUCGGCCAAGUUUGAUAACUAGCCAAAUCGGUCCAGGCGUGUUGGAGUUAUGGCCCUUGAAUUACCAAAAAUCGGCCUUUUUACUCUUGUCCGCACUCUAAUUCAAACAUUUCUCAUCCGAUCUUUACCAAACUUGAACAAAAUGUGUUUUACUAUAAGACCUCCGCCAAGUUCGAUAACUAGCCAAAUCGGUCCAGGCAUUUUGGAGUUACGGCCCUUGGAUUAUCGAAAAAUCGGCCUUUUUACUCUUGUCCGCACUCUAAGUCGAACAUUUCUCAUCUGAUCUUCACCAAACUGGAACAAAAUGUGUUUGACCAUGAGACCUCGGCCAGGUUUGAUAACUAGCCAAAUCAGUCUAGGCAUUUUGGAGUUAUGGCCCUUGAAUUACCGAAAAAUCCGCCUUUUUACAAUUGUCCGCUCCCUAAAUCGAACAUUCCUCAUCCGAUCUUCACCAAACUUGAACAAAAUGUGUUUGGCCAUAAGACCUUAGCCAAGUUCGAUAUCUAGUCAAAUCCGCCCAGGCACUUUUGAUUUAUGGCCCUUGAAUUACUGAUUGGAUCCACUCAUCCAGACCAUCUAAUUGGAUCAACUCGUUUAAACCAUCUAGAGAAACUAGACAUUUUUCAUAGGGGCAGUUGUGGGAGACAUGCGCUUUUCUCAAAAGCAUCUCUAGUAUUAAAUUUAUUUUUACUUUUCUUUUCUUUAUGUCGUUAAAAUAUUCUGUUCUAUUUUUCUGUUCAUUUUUGUGUAGCACCAUUGAACAUAUUGAUCAUGAAAAAGGGUGCUAUAUUUUAGAUUUGAUUUAAUAUAUAACAUAUGGAUAUUUAUUUCUGUAGGUCUUGCAGUGUCUGUUUGGGGACACGGCCUCUAAUGCUGAGUGGUUAAGGUUGCUGAAUUUGAAUCUCCUGCCAGUUACUGCUGUUGUUCCAAUAAAAAAAUUUUUUUAGAAAGCCACUCAGUUGGUUUUACUCCGGUGCAUACCUGUGUCUAUAAUUAAUGCUCAAGAGGGACACAGGGUCUUCCUUCACCAUGGAAAGCUGGAAUGUUUAAACCCAACGAACACUUAUGAAACAAACUAAAACAUUGCAUUGUGUUUCUGACUGCUGUUGGUAGCUUAUGAUUGCACGGUAAAAAAUGGUAUUAAACCAAUAGCACACCAAAUAUUUACCUACUAAACUACUGUAUAAUCAUGUUCAGUUUUUACUGUUAAAAAGGUGGGGAAGGAGUGGGGAUGGGGAACCUCCUGAAACAAAUUUUAGUCUAGCAUUUGUAAAAACUUUUUUUUAGCUCACCUGUCACAUAGUGACAAGGUGAGCUUUUGUGAUCACCCUUCGUCCGUCGUGUGUGCGUCCGUCCGUGCCUCCGUCAACAAUUUCUUGUCUGCACGAUAGUGGUUUCAUUUAUGAUUUUAUUUUAACCAAACUUACACACAACUUGUAUCACCAUAAGAUCUCGGUUCCUUUCUUGAACUGGCCAGAUCCCAUUAUGGGUUCCAGAGUUAUGGCCCCUGAAAGGGCCAAAAUCAGCUAUUUUGACCUUGUCUGCACAAUAGCAGCUUUAUUUAUGAUUUGAUUUUUACCAAACUGGCACACAACUUGUAUCACCAUAAGAUCUUGGUUCCUUUCUUGAACUGGCCAGAUUCCAUUAUGGGUUCCAGAGUUAUGGCCCCUGAAAGGACCAGAAUUAGCUAUUUUGCCCUUGUCUGCACAAUAGCAGCUUCAUUUAUGAUUUGAAUUUAAUCAAACUUGCACAAAACUUGUGUUGCCAUAAGAUCUCAGUUCCUUCAUUGAACCGGCCAGAUCCCCUAAUGGGUUCCAGAGUUAUGGGCCCUGAAGGGGCCAGAAUUAGCUAUUUUGACCUUGUCUGCACAAUAGCAACUUCAUUUAUGAUUUGAUUUUAACCAAACUUGCACACAACUUGUAUCACCACAAGAUCUUGGUUCCUUUCUUAAACUGGACAGAUUCCAUCAUGGGUUCCAGAGUUAUGGCCCCUUAAAUGUCCAAAAUUGGCUAUUUUGGCUUUUGCUGCCAUAAAGUAGAGGUGCGCGGUAUUACCGGUAUACCGGUAACUGUGGUACCAUCUUCCUGUGGUAUGAUACCGCGGUACCAUCGGGGAAUACCGGUAUUUUAUCAACAUUAUCCCUACUUCUGUUUAUUUUUAAUUUACAUUGUCUAUGUAGCCUUCCGUAACUACAAUUAACACCAUGCAUGAUUUUCCGAUCUAUAUCUCUGGAAUUCCCAUGCUACUAUUAUUAGUUUCCAAAAAUAACCACCCAAUGGUACAAUUGAACAUGUAUGAUCGGCCACGUGAUCCCCAAUCAAAACCUUCGAAAACCCCCAGGUUAUUCCGUAUAGAUGGAUGACGUCAUGGGCGCACUUGUUUUUACUUUGAGUCUGGUAAAUUCGGCGGGUCCCGACUUCUUGUUUAAAUGAUGAUAGUUUAGAAUAUCCCGGUAUGUAUUUGCAUGUAUUAAAAAAGAAAUAAAUAGUAUGGAAAAUGUUGAGUUGAAAUUUAUUAUUUUUUGUUUGAAAACGAUUUGAAGAAGCCUUCAUACUAUUUGUUAACGUUACUGGUUUAUCAAACGGGUGUACGAAUGGAACUUCAAACAAGCGCGACCUAUAUACAUAUGACCCAGUGCUUCCCCAGAGACAAUAUGGCGUCUUCCGACGAAUACACGCUAGUAAAAAAUACUAAGGGUCAUUCAUGUAACUAGUCAUUAGUCAAGUUCACAUUUUUUCUUUAAUUCUAGUGAAGUAAUUAGUCUUCGUUGUUGUUCAUAAUGAAUUAAGUAUUUCUGAGAGUUUUUCACUAUUUUUAUAACCACUACCAUAGCUGUAAGUCUUACGAUAAAUAUGGUGGUAUACCGUGGUAUAUACCGCGGUAAUUAGGAAAAAACCGUGGUAUACCACGGUAUUUCUUUCAAGGCGGUACCCAGCCCUACCAUAAAGAGACUUCAUUUAUGGUUUUAUUUGAUACAAACUUCCAAAAUAUCUUCAGCAACAAUAAAUCUUGGAUUCCAUGACAAAUCAGAUCCAUUCGUAGUUUCCAGAGUUAUUUUAUAUCUGAUUACCUCCCCUGGUUGUAGUCAAAAUGGAUUUAUAUCAGUAAGUACUUACAGGACAUAUUUGAAAUUUCAUUAUUGUCAUAAGUUGGACCGAGGCAAUCAGGGUAUAUAACUAUGGACUGAUUUUAUGUCAAAUUACCUCCCUUUAUUAGCUCGACUAUUCGAAGAAUAGUCUAGCUAUUCUACUCACCCUGGCGUCGGCGUCGGCGUCGGCGUCGGCGUCACACCUUGGUUAAGUUUUUGCAUGCAAGUACAUACAGCUAUCAUUUAAAGGCAUAUAGCUUUGAAACUUAUUUAUUCUUUUUCUAGGUCAAUUACCAACCUCACUGGGUCAAGUUCCAUAACUCUAACAUGUAUUUUGAGCAAAUUAUGCCCCCUUUUGGACUUAGAAAAUUCUGGUUAAAGUUUUACAUGCAAGUUACUAUCUCCAAAACUAAUGCAGAUAUUGAAUUGAAACUUCACAUGUGUCUUUGGGUUAUAAAACUAGUUGAUAGCACCAAGUCCCAUAACUCUGACCUUCAUUUUGGCCAAAUUAUGCCCCCUUUUGUACUUAGAAAAUUUUGGUUAAAGUUUUGCGUGCAAGUACAUACAGCUAUUACUAAAAGGCAUAUAGAUUUGAAACUUAUUUUUUCUUUUUCUAGAUCAAUUACCUACCUCACUGGGUCAAGUCCCAUAACUCUGACAUGUUUUUGGCCAAAUUAUGCCCCCUUUUGGACUUAGAAAAUUCUGGUUAAAGUUUUGCGUGCAAGUACAUACAGCUAUUACUAAAAGGCAUAUUGAUUUGAAACUUAUUUUUUUUUUUUUCUAGAUCAAUUACCUACCUCACUGGGCCAAGUCCCAUAACUCUGACAUGUAUUUUGAGCAAAUUAUGCCCCCUUUUGGACUUAGAAAAUCCUGGUUAAAGUUUUACAUGCAAGUUACUAUCUCCAAAACUAAUGCAAAUAUUAAAUUGAAACUUCACAUGUGUCUUCGGGUUAUAAAACUAGUUGAUAGAAUCAAGUCCCAUAACUCUGACAUGUAUUUUGGGCAAAUUAUGCCCCCUUUUGGACUUAGAAAAUCCUGGUUAAAGUUUUGCGUACAAGUACAUACAGCUAUUACCAAAAGGCAUAUAGCUUUGAAACUUAUUUAUUCUUUUUCUAGGUCAGUUACCAACCUCACUGGGUCAAGUUCCAUAACUCUUAACAUGUAUUUUGAGCAAAUUAUGCCCCCUUUUGGACUUAGAAAAUUCUGGUUAAAGUUUUACAUGCAAGUUACUAUCUCCAAAACUAAUGCAGAUAUGGAAUUGAAACUUCACAUGUUUCUUCGGGGUUAUUAAACUAGUUGAUAGCAUCAAGUCCCAUAACUGAUAUGCAUUUUGGUCAAAUUAUGUCCCGUUUCGAACUUAAAACUCUUUUGAUAUUUAACAUUUUGGGUAAUAAUUUCCUGCUUCUGUGACAAUAUUUCGAAUAGUCGAGCUUGGCUGUCUUACGGACAGCUCUUGUUUUUGAAUUUAAAAUGGGUAUAUCUCCGUAACUAAUGAAGAUACUGAUCUGAAAUUUCAUUUAUGUUAACAGAUUUAUUUGGCAGAUCCUUCUUUUGUUAUCUUACAAUAAUUUUCUUUUGAAUUACUUCCCUUUUACGUUACUAUAAAUAGACCUUUCUAACGUAAACGUAAAUCGGAAACGGAAUACUGAAUUCGUAAAUGUUAUUUGCAUAUAAUGGUCUAAGGGAGAUACUAUUGCAUUACUAUUGGAUGAAAUUGUCUCCCCUAGACCACAAAUUAGCCUAAAAUUUUACGAAUUCAGUAUUCCGUUUCGUAAUUACGUUUACGUUAGAAAGGUCUAAUAGCCUAUUUUUAGUAACUUUUUUAUUAUUGGCCGUAGGGAAAAACUGAGACCACUUUUCUGUAGUACAACAUGGAUGGUACCUCCAAUUUUUAGGUGUAUUUUGACAUAUCUGUACCUUGUAAGAAUUUUGUUUUUCUUUUUGGUUAAAUUUCUUUCCUUUGUUGUUCCUGUCCUUUGGACUUAGAUAUUUUUUCUGAGGACCUUCUUGUCCUCAAGUGCAAUGAUAACAGGUGAGUGAUAUAGGGCCAUCAUGGCCCUCUUGUUAUUGUUAUUAUUAUUUUUGGUUGCCUAAUAGUGUUAUGGUAUAAAACAAUAAUUAUUGUACUGGUGAGUAUUGCAUUGUAUAAUAUACCAUUUAUCAUGUUUAUUAUGUACAUUUAUUUGGGACCAGUAGAGUAGAUACAAAAAUUCAUAAUGAAUGUACAUGUACAUCUAUAUUAGAUUUGGUAAUAUUCUGGAAGGUUUUAUAUUUGUGAGUAAUUGCAAAUUGUGAAAUUCAAAACCUUUGUGACUAUCAAUAUGUCAUUCAUGUUGCACAAGUUCCUAACACCUUGAAUAACCCUUACCAUGCUGGACAGGAUUGAUUCUGCCUUUGUGAUCGGUGUAGAUCUUGAUCAGCCUGCACAUCCGUGCAUUUGACAUAAAUGAUACCGAGUUUAUGAUAUUUAGCUUGACUGUAGAAACAUUGCACUUACUUGUCUGCCAGCAGCCACAGCCAGAUUUGGUGUCAGUUUUGGUACUUAAGUACAUUUUGUUACUUGCAGGAAUCAACUGAAACUUCACGCACCUAUUCACUGUGGCAAUCUGACAUGCAAAACAUAUGUUCUGUAUACAUUUUCAUUUUACAAAGCUAUGCCGUUUGUUUUAUAGAAUAAUGUUCAGUUUAAAGCUGGUGUCUCAGUUACCACAAGCGGAAAUUGAUUGUCACUUUAUAAACUUGUCCACUGUGAGGGUCUGACAUUCACUGGACAGGUUCUGUCAGCUUUUUUUUACAUCUUUACAAAGUUAUGCCCCAUUUUACUUAAAAAUGUUUGGUGGAAUCUGGUUUCUCAGUAGCCACUAUUGGGAAUUGAUUGAAACAAUAACACUUGUUUACUAUGGUGAUCUGACAUGCGUUGCACAGGUUAUAUAACAUUUUUAUGCCCCCGAAGGGAGGCAUAUAGUUUUUGAACCGUCUGUUGGUCUGUCUGUCGGUCUGUCAGUCUGUCCACAAUUUUCGUGUCCGGUCCAUAUCUUUGUCAUCGAUGGAUGGAUUUUCAAAUAACUUGGCAUGAAUGUGUACCACAGUAAGACGACGUGUCGCGCGCAAGACCCAGGUCCGUAGCUCAAAGGUCAAGGUCACACUUAGACAUUAAAGGAUACUGCAUUGAUGGGCGUGUCCGGUCCAUAUCUUUGUCAUCGAUGGAUGGAUUUUCAAAUAACUUGGCAUGAAUGUGUACCACAGUAAGACGACGUGUCGCGCGCAAGACCCAGGUCCGUAGCUCAAAGGUCAAGGUCACACUUAGACGUUAAAGGAUAGUGCAUUGAUGGGCGUGUUUGGUCCAUAUCUUUGUCAUCGAUGGAUGGAUUUUCAAAUUACUUGGCAUGAAUGUGUACCACAGUAAGACGACGUGUCGCGCGCAAGACCCAGGUCCGUAGCUCAAAGGUCAAGGUCACACUUAGACGUUAAAGGAUAGUGCAUUGAUGGGCGUGUCCGGUCCAUAUCUUUGUCAUCGAUGGAUGGAUUUUCAAAUAACUUGGCAUGAAUGUGUACCACAGUAAGACGACGUGUCGUGCCCAAGACCCAGGUCCGUAGCUCAAAGGUCAAGGUCACACUUAGAUGUUAAAGGUCAUUUUUCAUGAUAGUGGAUUGAUAGGCGUGUCCGGUCCAUAUCUUUGUCAUUCAUGCAUGGAUUUUAAAAUAUCUACGCAUGAAUGUGUGACACAUUAAGAUGACGUGUCGCGCGCAAGACCCAGUUCCGUAGGUCAAAGGUCCUAAACUCUAACAUCGGCCAUAACUAUAUAUUCAUUCAAAGUGCCAUCGGGGCCAUGUGUCAUCCUAUGAAGACAGCUCUUGUUUUUUUUUUUUUUUGCUUUUCUUAAAGUUACACCACUUUCGACACACCAGGAGACAUGUCCCUUUAACAGCUUAAAGUAUGUUGAGUAUAGCUGUCAAGGGACCAUAACUCUACCAUAAAUCAGUCAAAUAAAAAGUACUGAAAAAGUGCAAAAAUAGCCUUGUUACUGACCUACAUGUACCAUCAAAGUUUGUUGGAAAUCGAGGCAGUAUUUUCACAGCAGUCCUGCCAGUUGCUGAAUAUUCAGACUAUCAGUUCAAGACCAAUGAUGAUCUCUCACAAGUUUUACAAAUCAUUGAAAUGGUCUGAUCCAAGUGCUUGUCAUAGAACAAUUGAAUACUAAAUUUUUACGUGAAGUGACACUUUUUAUCUCACUCCUUGAAGUAUAAUUUGAAGAAUUAUAUUGUUUUUGGAUAAAUGGUUGUCAUCGUGUUGUUGAGCUCUCUAAAAUAAAGUUCUGAGUUUAAAAAUAGUA